GGUUGUGACUCUCAAAUGAGCAUGUCAGAAGUGUCCUGCAGUGAAAGCACCUCCUCUUGUCAGUCUCUAGUACAUGGCUCAGCUCCAGAAAUCCUCAUUGGCCUCCUUUAUAAUGCUACAACUGGAAGAUUAUCAGCAGAAGUGAUAAAAGGCAGCCACUUCAAAAACUUGGCAGCGAACAGACCACCCAAUACGUAUGUUAAGCUAACACUGCUGAACUCGAUGGGGCAAGAGAUGUCCAAAUGCAAAACGUCAAUCCGCCGAGGACAGCCAAACCCAGUAUACAAAGAAACUUUCGUUUUCCAAGUGGCACUGUUUCAGCUUUCAGAUGUGACGCUCAUACUGUCUGUAUAUAAUAAGCGCAGCAUGAAACGGAAAGAGAUGAUAGGGUGGAUUUCCUUAGGUCUCAACAGCUCAGGAGAAGAUGAACUCAAUCACUGGACUGAAAUGAAAGAAUCUAAAGGACAGCAAGUAUGUAGAUGGCAUACUUUACUAGAAUCGUAACGGACGAUACAAAGUGCAGUCGUGGUUUUAAGGAAGUUUGGUCUCCCAAGAAGAUGGUCAUCCCCAGUCACAAUCAUCAGAUUUGUUGUGGAAGUAAAGAACGAAAAUUGAGGUCAACAUUCCAUCGUAAAGAAUGCACAACAUGUAAAAUGGCAGGAUUUGAUAUAUAACCUUCACUUAGUGUCAGACACUUCCUUGGUGUCAGAGAAGCCUUGCUGUGCCCGGAUAUUUUAGCAGUCCCUCCCCCAUCCACCUGAUGCUGUAUUUGUUUGGGUUUGUUUUGUGGUUUUCAAUUCAGAAACAUUUUAUGUAAGGUUCUCACAAAUUAAUGUAAGCUCCUCCUUGUGUACUUUUUGUAUUGCUCUAAUAACUGUAGCUUCUGACCUGCCUGUAUUCAGAUUAAAGGUCAAUAAUUUGCACUUUGAGAAAAAGUUAAUGAUCUGUAGAGUAAAAGAAAAAAAAAAAA